GUUGCCAGAGGAGGAACGCUCCGCAGUAUUUGCAUGUCGCAAUGUGUUGCGGGAAGUCACCAUAACCGACAAAUGUACUUAGGUUUGGGAGCCUUAUAAAUGUGGCUUGAGCCUGGUUUUCGGCGUAGGGCGGCGGGAAGCUCAUCGAUGGGGCCACGAGCUGAGUGCGUCAGUCACUCCGUCCCAUGUCCCUUGGGAAGGUCUGAGACUAGGGCCAAAAGCGGCCCUAACAGGGCUCUCCCUGAGUUUCGGGGAGGUGAGUUCCCAGAGAACGGGGCUCCGCGCGAGGGCAGACUGGGCAGGAGAUGCCAUCGACCCCGCCCUUGCGGAGGGGCUUGGCGGAUGCCUCCUUAGCCGGAGCUUGGAACAGACUCACGGCCAGCGAAGCUGUGGAAGCUACAGAGAAUGCUAAUGAACUCGGAAGACCUGGUCAAGUGAGUAUUAGAAAAGGUGGAUGUCUUCUUCCAGUAUCUUUCCUGCUAAGCCUGUUAACUUGAAUAUUACGCUGAUGGUUGGAGAUGGAAUCCACUGAGGAAGGAAGGCCUAGGUCUUCAGCACCGUGUCUGCCAGCCCAGAAGCAACAGUGUGAAAGCCUCUGUAACAUCUGCUGCAGACCCCUAAAAAUCAAGGGGGAUUGGAUUUGGACAUCCUCAGUAGGAAUGGUUAAAUGCUGAUGGGAUCAUAAACAGAUGAUGCCAGAUAGUUGAUAAAUCCUAUAGCUCAACUUGAUUCCUAGAUACAAGCUGGAUUCAUCUGAUACCACAGAAAUGAAACUUCAGGAGACUAGGUUGGAGUCUCACUUCUUUCCCAGCCUGGAACUCUUGGGAGCUGUAAGUCCUGGAUAUACAAUAGAUAAUAAUAGCAUUUUUGUUUUAUGCAUGAAGGUAAAUGAUUCUUCAAAUUAAAGACGGACACUGACUUUUCUCACCAGAAAUGGUUUAUAGAAUCAACUUUCAAAAAUCAUCUGGAAACCUUAUUAUCUAUUAUGUCUUUGUGUGAAGACAUGCUGCUUUGUAACUAUCGCAAGUGUCGCAUCAAACUCUCUGGUUAUGCAUGGGUCACUGCCUGCUCUCAUAUAUUCUGUGAUCAGCAUGGCAGUGGUGAGUUUAGUCGUUCACCAGCUAUCUGCCCUGCCUGCAACAGUACUCUUUCUGGAAAGCUAGAUAUUGUCCGCACAGAACUCAGUCCAUCAGAGGAAUAUAAAGCCAUGGUAUUGGCGGGACUUCGACCAGAGAUUGUGUUGGACAUUAGCUCCCGAGCACUGGCCUUCUGGACGUAUCAGGUACACCAGGAGCGUCUCUAUCAAGAAUACAAUUUCAGCAAGGCUGAGGGCCAUCUGAAACAGUUGGAGAAGAUAUAUACUCAGCAAAUACAGAGCAAGGAUAUAGAAUUGACCUCUAUGAAAGGGGAGGUCACCUCCAUGAAGAAAGUGCUAGAAGAAUACAAGAAAAAGUUCACUGACAUCUCUGAGAAACUUAUGGAGAGAAAUCGCCAGUAUCAAAAGCUCCAAGGCCUCUAUGAUAGCCUUAGGCUACGAAAUAUCACUAUUGCUAACCAAGAUGGUACCCUUGAACCAUCUAUGAUUGCACAGUCUGGUGUUUUUGGCUUCCCAUUAGGGAACAACUCCAGGUUUCCUUUGGACAGUACACCAGUUCGAAAUCGGGGUGGUGGAGAUGGAGAUUUUCAGUUCAGACCAUUUUUUGUGGGUUCUCCCACAGCACCUGAACCCACCAACAGCUUUUUUAGUUUUGCCUCCCCAAGUAAUGAAUUAGAGCAGCAGCAAGUCUCUAGCAGGGCCUUUAAAGUAAAAAGAAUUUAGUUCACCUUACAGAAUGUUUCUCUGUUUACUUUCAGUGAUUUCAUUUAGUAAAUAAUCUUUGUUUUAGAUAGGAGUCACCACCCUCCCUGUGUUUGUAUUGAGUCUUCGAAGUUGUCUUCACAUUUUCAACUUAUAAGAGAUUCAGUGGCAGUGGUGGGUGGCUUUAGAAUCAGGUUUCCUUUUCUGUUUCUAUUCUUUAAGGUGUAAGCGUUUUAUUAAACUCAAUUUUAGGGUGAACUGUUGAGUUUUCACUGGUAGUGAAAAGCUUACAGUAUUAUUGGGUGUUUUGUAGAUCACCAUUUGUUUCUGUCUGGGGUAUUUCUGAAUAGGCCAUGUUUUUAAACAUACUAUAUAAGCACCUAUGUUAUAUGGCUACAUGUCACUUUGGGUUCUGGUAUUUAUACAUACAUGUAUAUGUAUGUUCCUUUACAUUGUUUUUUUGCUGCAUUUGGCAGUAUGUUUAUGUGAAGAUUUUGGUUUCAGGAAAUAGUGAGUGAGCCUGUAGCUUGUUACUUGGGUGUGUACGUUUAUUUGUAUAUAUUUAAUGUAUUUGCCCUUGUAUUAACUUGUUUGGAGGUGUGCUCAUGUCAGUGAAUGAAGGUACAAUUUGAUGCAUGUAUGUUUAGUUCCUAUUUCUAUUUAAAAAUAAUUCACAUUGAUAAAGUUAUUUUGUAAAGUUGACUUUUUGGCAUUUAUUUUAGAAUAAAAUUACUUUCUUUACCCUUUUGCUAGCUGUUGCCCUGGGUCUACUUAUUUAGAAAUGCACUUCUACUGCAGAAA